GAUUAGUUGGGGAACUUUGGAUGUUUAUUGGUCUGGUCGGAAUGUUCAAAGACUGGCCAUUUUUCCUUCUUCGUCUCUGAGAUAAUCAGAUAACCACACUGAUAUCAAUUUAUGGACUUGUCAAUACUCUCUCAAAACAGGUAUUUGGGAAUGAAGAUAUUGUUGGUUGAUUUACUUCUCUUGCUUUCUUGUUUCCAUUUAGUUAGCUGCAAUAAUACUCGUUCAGACACCUUGUUGCCUGGCCAAUCCCUUUCCUUUUCUACAGGAGAUACUUUAGUAUCCAAACUAGGGAAGUUUGAAUUGGGUUUCUUCAGUCCUGGUGCUUCUGAUAAGCUCUUUAUCGGUAUAUGGUAUUCAAACAUAAAGGACAAAGCCGUGGUCUGGAUAGCAAAUAGGGACAACCCCAUUCGCCCUCCGUUCAAUAAUUCUCAUCUAGAGCUGUCCAAUGGAAAUCUACAACUCUUUGAUGCACUUAAACGAAGAGUUUGGGACAUUAAUUUAUCCACAGCUUCAGCAGAUAUCAAUAGGGCAGUACUUUUUGAUACUGGAAAUCUCGUUUUGACAAACGGCAUUGAAAAACAGUGGCAGAGCUUUGAUUAUCCUACAGAUACGUGGCUUCCGGGUGCAACGAUUGGAUAUGAUAAGACUAAAAACACAGUCCAGAAACUUACUUCUUGGAGGAAUCUGAAUGAUACGGCUACAGGAAACUACUCUUUGCAAUUAGACCCGAAUCAAGAUGGUGACUUAGUCAUACGACAUAACCUCCGGGAAAGAUGGCGGUCUGUGCGUUUGAAGGAAGGAGGGUCUACUUACAACUUCAGUUAUAAUCCAACUGAGCAUGGGAUUAUGAGAAAGAUAAAGUUCAGGGAAAUGUUACUUUCUGAGUCAGCAACUAACUUGUCAAAACCUGGAACUUCCAGUGGAAAGGGAAAAGAAACGAGAAGUGACAUCGAGCUGAAGUUCUUUGAAUUAUAUGACUUGAAAGCUGCGACAGACAAUUUUUCCACUGGCAAUAAACUAGGAGAAGGUGGUUUUGGGCCUGUUUUUAAGGGUCAAUUGCCAGAUGGGAAGCAUAUAGCUGUGAAAAGGCUAUCAACUCAAUCACAGCAAGGUAUUGGUGAAUUCAAAACUGAGGCCCUUCUCAUUGCUAAACUUCAACACAGAAAUCUUGUUAGGUUCCUUGGAUGCUGCGUAGAAGACGAGGAGAAAAUGUUAAUCUAUGAAUAUAUGCCAAACAAAAGUCUAGACUAUUUUAUAUUCGACGAGAGCAGGAAGUCGUUGCUUGACUGGAAAAAGCGGCAUGAAAUCAUUAUUGGAAUAGCUAGAGGGAUACUCUAUCUUCAUCAAGACUCAAGAUUAAGAAUAAUACAUCGUGAUCUGAAAGCCAGCAACAUUCUUUUAGAUGAAGAUAUGAACCCCAAGAUAUCUGAUUUUGGUACUGCUAGAAUAUUUAGUGGAAACCAAAGUGAAGCUAAGACUCUUCGAGUUGUCGGAACAUAUGCCUAUAUGUCACCUGAAUAUGCUCUAGCAGGUCUCUUCUCAGUAAAAUCUGAUGUCUUUAGCUUUGGAGUCAUGUUAUUGGAGGUCAUUAGUGGAAAAAAGAACAGAGCCUCUUAUAAUAGUGAUUCCCCUCCAAAUUUGAUACGACACGCCAGGGAGCUGUGGACUGAUGGCAAGGCCUUUGAGCUGAUAGAUCCAUCAAUAGUUGAUUCUUGUCCCACUGAGGAAGCACUACGCUUUAUUCAAGUAGGACUAUUGUGUUUGCAAGUCAGUGCGGCGGAGAGACCAACCAUGUCGUCGAUUCUGUUCAUGCUAAGUAAUGAAGCAACAAUUCCCUCCCCGAAGCAAUCAUUGAUUACCCCUAACUCAGACUCGGGUACCACAGAAACAACAGCAUCUUCAAUCAACGAGGUGACAAUUACAGCACCUGAUGUUCGUUAAUUGUCUCAUGAGUUUAUGUAUUUCUGUUAUCCGGUGAUCAAAUAUAUCUAGUUGUCACUACUUCCUAAAGUAUAGGUCGAUAUUCUAUGAUUGAAUGCAUUAAAUUAUAAUAGAAUUCAGUAGGCUAGUUGAUCUUACUUUGACAACUACUCAUCACAGAAAGAUUGAGACAACAGUGUUCUUAUCUCAUGAUCAUAAUAUUAUUCUUAAUUAUACGUAUUUGAUAGUA